AUGUUUAGACAACCUGCUAGGAUUAUACUAAGAACUAGUCUUAUACGAUCUAGCUCUCUCAUUAGACCUGCAUUAUUUCAUACAACCACCCCACUUCUAAAGAAAAAGCCAAACAGUAAACAAAAAAUUCAAAAACAAGAUGAAAAAAUUCAAGCAGAAGCAGAAGAAGAAGUAAUAACUCCAACAAUUGAUUUUAAAGAUGCGGAAACUAAAUUUGAAAAAGUUUUAGUAAAAUUCGACAAAUUGGCAAAUGAAAUAAAAUUAGGUAAGUUAAACCCUAAAAUUUUCGAUAAUAUAAUGGUAAAUAUUGGAAAUCAAAGUGAGGUUGAAGAAGUUCAAUUUAAUUCAAUCGCUCAAACUUCAGUUAAAGGUAGAAAUUUUAUAAUAACAAUGUUUGAUCCACUGAAUGCUCAAGCUUUAAUUAAUGCAAUUAUUGGUUCUGGAUUAAAUAUGAGUGGUACUGUUGAUCCAUCUAAUAAAUUCAAUAUAAAAAUCCCAUUACCUCCAAUAACUACAGAAACUAAACAAAACAAUUUAAAACAAUUGAAAGAGUUAUUUGAUAAACUCAAAAACAAUAAGUCAAAUUCAUUAACAAGUGUAAGAGGAGAUAUAAGGUCAAAAUUUCAAGGUCACCUCAAGAACCACAGAAUAUCAGAUUCAGAAAAUAAACAAUUAAAUCAAUUAGAAAAAUUACAUAAAUUAUAUAUUGAUAAAUUACAAGAACUGUUUAAAAAUUUUGAAAAAUUAAUUAUGAAAUAA